GAGAUUUCGUUGAUUCGUUUCAAUGAAUUUUCAAGAGCGCCAUGCCAGAGUGAUCAGGAGAGAAAAAAGUGCUUUCCGCAUUACUCUGAGCUCUAAUCUUUGCAUCUGAUUUAGGCACACGGGGCCCCUCGAGUGGACACUCCGAAUGCCAAACAGCCGGACAAUUACUGCUGCUAUGCUUCAAUAGCCGAUCAAGUUCAACGCUAGAUAAAUUUUAUAAAAAAUUGUUUAAAAAGCACAACCCCCCCUCCCACCACCACCAACCCCUCUGAGUUAUACUCCUUGCUAAGCGACCAUCCCAGCGCCCAGGACGAAGUGCAUCGAAAUAGACAUGGCAGAGAAUAAUGCAGCAGAGACGAAAGACGCAGACGCGAUCAUCACCUCCACCAAUGGCAGCUCGCAGGACGGCAAAAGCUCACUGAUGGAGGGGAGAGAAGAGACGGGAGAGGAUGUCUGUGAGGAGUCAUCGCAGCUCGACGGCUGCACUCCGGAGAAUGGUGUCAGUCAGACGGAGGAAGCUCGGCAGGGAGACAAACGUGAAGCUGACGGCGAGAAAACGCACGCAGACGAGCCGGCAAGCAUUCCGCCUCGGUCCGAACAAGCAGAUCAGGCGGUUGCUGUGGAAACAGGUGAAGGGGAGACCACUGAGGCAGGAGAGAGCCCCAGUUCAGAUCAAUCAGUCUCCGUGCAAGCGGAGGAGGAGGUGGUGGUGCCACCGCAGUGGGAUUCUCCCAGCGAUGCCAACCGUGCCGACUCUGCGCCAGAUGCGGUGCCGCCUACAGCCAAGCCCCGCAGCCCAUCCAUUGGGUUUCCAGUCGAGGCUCGACGGAGAGACGUGGCCAAGUGCUCGUACAACAUGUACAACACCGUCUCCUACAGGAACAUCCGCAAGGGCAACACCCGACAGCGCAUCGAUGAGUUUGAGUCCAUGAUGUACACCAACUAGCGUCGUGAGCACGCUGCAGUAGCAUUAAGUUGUGUUUCCAACUGUGUAGCUAGUGACCUAAGCACUGGUGAAUUGCCGCAAAGAUGUUUACUUUAAAAAAAAAAUGUUUUGCCAAGAUUGGAAUUUUUUUAAGAAGUUUGAAAAUUUUAAGAUUAUGCCAAUUUCACAGGAAUUUGAGCUGAUUAGUGACCGCCGCUAACUGUACUUUGCAAUGGAAAGUGGAAAAAUGAGAUAUAUAAUGCAUUUGCAACAAGGCACCAGAGUAUUUAGUAGAAUGGAUGUGUUAUUAAAUGGAUAUAUUCCAAGAUGUUUGUGGAUAAAUAUGCUUCUGUCAACUGAUAUAUUGAUGUAAAGAACAUAUGAAUCUGUUUUACAUUUCUAUAGUGCCUCUUUUAGAUUAUCAUAUUUUAAUCAUCUACAAACAAAAGCAUUGAUGAGAUGAUGAUUACGUCUGGAUGGUAGGCCGACUACAAGAUAACGUUUUACGUAGAAGACAAUAUUUGGUGUUUCAAAUGUGUCAGUUUGUGUUAUUUCAAUAACACAAUUGUUGUGUUGUUUUUCUGUGAUGUGUUUAAAAUGAACAAAAUAAAAAUGUGCUUUAAAAAGAAAAA